AUGGCAUCCCUUGGACAGGUCGUUUCAGUCAAGUACGACUUAUUUGUCGAAUCAUCCAGCGGCGCGCCGCACCCAGGUGACCGUGUGGGGAAGGUAGAUCGGGUGGAGGUAUAUCUGGAGUCGGACCCUGAGGACGUCGCUAUCUCCCUGCGCGACACCAUUCACCAGCGCCGCCGCGCGCGCGACCUCGCGCACUGCUCCGCGGCGAAUCUGCACAUCUUCCCGGAGAGCUCCCCCGACACAGAGUUGGCGGACGAGGACGUAUGGCGCUUCUUGCGCGACGGCGCGCCGGAGAAGCUGUUCAUUGUUGCGCCCCCCCUGUGCCUUGUGUCCCCCGCCGGCGGACGGUCAUCGGGGCAGCAGGGCAUACGGCUGUCGUCGGCUUCUCAACGGAGUAUGGAUGGAGUGAGCAGCCAGCCGGUCAGCCGAAGAGACUCUCUAGCUAGCAAGAGGGACUCGGAUGCGAUGGUAGUGUUUGUGAAGACAGGCGGUCAGACUAUCCCAAUUGAAGUGGAUGCCAAUGCCACGGUUGAUGAUGUGAAGGCCCGUGUGCAAGAGCAAGAGCACAUCCCUGUCGAGCAGCAGAGGCUAUUCCUUGCUGGCAACGAGAUGACCAGUGGACGAUUGCUCGCACAUUACAACGUUCACCCAGGCUCAGAAAUUCAGGUUGUUCUUACUCUCUCGUCGUCGUCCUAG